AUGCUGGAAUCGUACGUAACUCCUAUUUUGAUGAGCUAUGUGAAUCGCUACAUAAAGAACCUGAAGCCUUCGGAUCUGCAGUUGUCACUCUGGGGAGGAGAUGUUGUGCUUAGUAAACUUGAGUUGAAGUUGGAUGUGCUUGAACAGGAGCUGAAACUACCAUUUACUUUUCUAAGUGGGCAUAUUCAUGAACUUCGGAUUCAUGUGCCAUGGACAAAAUUGGGAUCAGAACCAGUUGUCAUCACUAUCAAUACAAUGGAAUGCAUCUUGAAAUUAAAGGAUGGAGCUCAGGAAGACCACGAAAGUUGUGGUUCCAGUUCAACAAACCGCAGUACUACGGAAAGCCUGAAAUCAGCAGUAAAACCACGGCGAGUUCAGCAAUCUGCUUCUCCUGACCCUGAUUUACCUCCAGGUUAUGUUCAGAGUUUGAUCAGGCGUGUUGUGAACAAUGUCAACAUUGUGAUCAACAAUCUCAUAUUAAAGUAUGUGGAGGACGAUAUUGUUCUCUCGGUCAAUAUCACUUCAGCAGAGUGCUAUACGGUGGAUGAGUUUUGGGAUAGAGCCUUCAUGGACAUCUCUGCCACCGAUCUGGUACUGAGGAAGAUGAUCAACUUUUCUGACUGCACAGUAUGUCUUGAUAAGAGAAAUGCUAGUGGUAAAAUUGAAUUUUACCAGGAACCUCUGCUGUACAAAUGUUCCUUCAGGACUCGUCUGCAUUUUACUUAUGAUAACCUCAACUCCAAAAUGCCAUCUAUUAUUAAA